AAGAUAUUUAGUGAUAUAUAUUCAGUUAAUCAGUUAAAGAGAAAAGAGUUGCUAGAAGAUCGUAUCCAAAUUUCUUCUCAAUUUCUGAACUUAUUGGUUUUGUUUGUGGUCUCUUUCCAAUCUUUCCAAACCGAAUAAAACCAAAAGAUACUGAAAAAAAAAACCCCAAGAGUAAUGUCUUCACGAGGCGAAUCUACUUAUGCACAAUAUCCUUAUACUCCACCAAAAAAUAAUCAGCAACUUCUGCACCACCAUCAGUAUACUCAACAGAACCAGUUCACAACAACGCCUCAGGACGGUAUAAUCUCCCAAACACCUUCGGGAACACCAAAUCCUCAAUACACAACUCAAAAUACCUCGAUUGGACCACCUAGUUUAAGUUGUCAAACACGAAGAUAUAAGGCUUCAAUAGCAAAUAACACGCCUCGGCAAUAUCCUUCAACUAUUGCCCCUCCUUUGAAUGAACGCCCUCCUUCCCCGUUAGCUUCGACCCAAUGUUUACCCACUAAUAAUAAUGUACCUAUCUCUUCGACUCUGCCCGCGUCCUUACCCACGCCUCCGCCUAUACCCGCGGGCCUGUCUAGCCCAAAUAACACUACUACGGCAUCUAGUUUUGAUUUACAAGACAUUAUCGCCCAAUUUGGAGGGCAACCUGAACUACUUAAGAUUAUUCUUACUUCUAAAGUAGAAGAAGAUAAACGUAAGGCAGAAGAAGCAAAAUUGCGCGUUAAAGAACUUGAUUUAAUGUUAUGUGAUAAGCAUAGAAAAUGUAAUGACCACGAUGAUUCAAAGAAUGAUGAGAUUCAUUCUAAUCAAGAUAUGGAUUAUGACAAUGAAAAUUCGAUCGGAACAUAUUCUACAUCUGAUGGAACAAUGAAUUACGCGUCUUUUAAUACCAACUUAUCUUCUCAUAGUCUUUCUCUUAACCCUUCAAGUACCCCCGUGUCUCAAUCAACACCUCGAAUUGAAUCACGAUCAUCUAAAGAUCAGGAUGAACCAACAGAAUGCGAACAAAAUAAUAAUGGUGCACCUAACAAACGUAAGCGUAAACGCCGUGAAAUGCUUCCAGUGACAAUGAUCAUUGAAACAAAAGAACAUCCUUAUGUGGAUGAUUAUUUAUGGAAAAAUAAUGGAAACACGACACAGAGAAAAACUGGAAAUAAGAGUGUUUAUUUUAAAUGCUCAAACAGUAAUAAAGGAUGCCCAGUUAAUAAAACUGUUACCGAAAAGGAAUGUGGAUGGAUCAUUAAAUAUCGUGGUAAUCACUUGGAAGAAUGUGGUAAGAUCAAGAGGAUUGUACAAUCUUGAAACCUUUUCUUUUGGAAAAAAAAAAAUUUCCGUCCGAUGUGAUCGAUCUAAGACUUUCAUGCCUUAGCUUGCAUUAUAUAUAUUUUUUUUUU